AUGAUUUCAGCGAGAAAUGUUCAUUUAAUAUUCCGUAGAUUACAAAUCAAUACAAUUGGAAGGCAUUGUAAAUUCAGUUCAGCGCAUUUACAAGAAGAACAACGUGACCCAGGACCAGUAUUUAUAAAUGAUGAAGUACAAAAACUACUCAAAACACUUACAAGACCAGAUUUACAAAAGGUUUACCGUAAACGUAAAGACGGUCAACCUAUAAAAGAUCCUCAGUAUAAAUUUAUGACUGAUGAAGAGCUUCAAGAUCUAAUGAAGAAAGUACAAGCUAGAGUUGAUGAAAAAUUACAAAUGCCACCGGUGGUAAAAAAACGUAAGCCAAUAACAGAAGUUAUAUCAAAAGAUCCCGAAAUCCAAGGGCAUGAUACGACUAAGUACGUUUUUACUGAUAUUACUUAUGGAGUGAGCGCUGUUGAUAGAUUAAUAGCCGUCAGAGAUCCUGAUGGUACUUUGAGAAAAGCUAAUUGGGAGGAAAGGUUUCGUAUGAAUCAAACUUACUUUCCUGUUAAAGGACGUGAAUUGGUUACACCUAGAAUGUUUCAAGAUGAAUAUUUAAAAGAUUUAUUGAAAAGAGAAGAGUACGAAUUUGUCCUAGACCGUGCGUGCUUGCAAUUUGAUCCAGAUGAUCCUGAUUUUCAUCGAGUUACAUCUGCUGUUUAUGAAGCAGUUAACAAUACAAGUCAAUUUAAAGUAUUCCGAUCAACGAGACACUAUGGGCCGUUAGUGUUUUAUUUAACCUGGAAUAAAAACAUUAAUAAUUUGUUACUCGAAUAUAUAACAAAUGGCUUUAUCGAAGAUGCUGUGCUGCUGAUAAAAUUGUACAAUAAAAUAAAUCCGACUUCUAAGGCAGUGGAUAUUACCCACGACGGAGAUGAUCUUAAGUUCAUUCAAAAUUUCGCUGAUUUAGAAUCACCUAUUAGAGGUAAAUUGAUAGCUGCUGUUCAAUCAUAUAAAGAAUUAGCAGAAGCACGGAAGAAAGUUGAAAAAGGUGUAAAAGCAGCACAUGGUAUUGAUGAAUAA